CCGCCAGUUUUUAGCCCGGAAAUGACGCAACCUAUCUGACGGACACCGGGGAAAAAAAAUAAAUCCUGAAGACUGGGCUUUGUAGUUUUAAUCCAAAAACUAACGGCGUAGGCAGCCACAUUAAAUGGAACUUAAAAAAACUACAGCUCCCUUCCCGUUUUUACUGGAGCCUUAAAGACAACAUGGCGGCCUCCUCCGUUGCAGCGAGUGAGCUGCUACAUAGUAUGAAUAAACACAUAACGACACUGUAUCCAAAGGCUUCGUGUGCAAUCAGACGAAUAUGCGCAACAAGCUCACGAUGCUACAGUCAACAGCAGCCGGGGGCAAAAAGUGCUCUUCAGCAGCUGGUUGGGGUGGUCGGCCUGGAGGUCCAUGCCCAGAUUAACUCCAGCACCAAGCUGUUUUCCGGCUCACCAGUUCGCUUCUCAGCUCCUCCAAACUCCCUGGUGUCAUUCUUUGAUGGAUCCCUACCUGGCACAUUACCUGUCCUGAACAGACGAUGUGUAGAGGCAGCAGUGAUGACAGGACUCGCUCUCCACUGCACUAUUAACAGGAAGUCAUUUUUUGACAGGAAACAUUACUUCUACGCUGACCUCCCUGCUGGAUACCAGAUCACUCAGCAGCGGCGGCCCAUUGCAGUCGAUGGCAUACUGACUUAUAGCCUCCUUGGAGGAAAAAAGAGGAGCCAAGUGAUCAGAAAAACUGUUAACAUUAAACAGAUUCAGCUGGAGCAGGACAGCGGCAAGAGUCUCCACGAUGAUGUCCGCAGCCAGACACUCAUAGACCUCAACAGAGCAGGUGUAGGUCUAAUGGAGCUGGUGAUGGAGCCAGACAUGAGCUGUGGAGAGGAGGCUGCUGCAGCUGUCAGAGAGCUUCAGCUCAUCCUGCAAGCCCUGGGAACCUGUCAAGGCAACAUGUCUGAGGGCCAGCUGAGAGUAGAUGCCAACGUGUCCGUCCACAGACCAGGUGAGCCCCUGGGCAUCAGGACCGAGGUGAAGAACAUCAACAGUAUCCGAUACCUCGCCAGGGCUAUAGACUAUGAGAUUCAGAGACAGAUCAGUGUCAUGCAGAGAGGGGGGACGGUGCAAAAUGAGACCCGAGCGUAUGAUUCCAAAUCAGGGGAGACUAUUCCCAUGAGGGACAAAGAGGGUCUUCAGGACUACAGGUUUAUGCCAGAGCCCAACCUGCCACCUCUGAUUGUGUAUGAGGAUAACGCAUCGCUGCCCACUGGCAUUGAUGCGUGCCAGGCAGUGGUGGUGCAGAAGAUAAGAGAAGGGCUGCCAGAGCUACCCAGUGUCAAAAGAGACAGGCUGGUGCAAACGUACGGCAUCCUGCCUGAGCACAGCUAUACUCUGGUGAACGAGGAUGGUCUGGUAGAGUACUUUGAGGCAGUGUUGAAGGCAACAAAGAAGGAGCCAAGGAAGGUGAUUGGUUGGGUGACUAAUGAGCUGUUGGGUCACCUCAAACAGCAAGACAUGAGUGUGAGCCAGAGUCCAAUCUCUCCUCCUGCCCUGGCUGAGCUGCUGGAACUCCAGGAAACGGGACACAUCUCCUCUUCGGUCGCCAAGCAGGUGUUCCAGGAGAUGUGGAGGUCAUCAGGCAAGACGGCCCAACAGAUCAUCAAGGAGCAGGACUUGGGGCUUGUUAGUGACACUGCACAGCUGCACGGCAUCUGCCAGAAGGUGGUGGACUCGCAUCCUGAUGAGGUUCACGCCAUCAGAAAUGGAAACAAGAAAGUUCUGAACAAACUGAUGGGCCUGGUUCAGAAAGAGACCAAAGGUAGAGCCGACCCAGUUCUGGUGAGGCAAAUUUUACAAGAGAAGACUUCAUGAAGGUUGGACUGUUCUGUGAGACCCAGCCAUGUUACAGGCUGGAAGUCAAGUACCUUUGUGAAAAAGAUAUGACAGUGAUGUACAUCCCUAAUAUCCCUAAGGUGGCACAUGGUAUGUGGUCCUCUAUGGCUUGAGAAAACCAUCGAUGUUCAAGCUGAAAAUGAAGCUUCCACCAUUAGUUCCUUAGAGGCUGACAUUUUGUAAGUAAUGUACAAUUUUUUCACCAAACAGCCAUUAUUUUCUGUAUUUAUGUACAGUAUUUAUGUGUCUAAAAAGUAAUAAAACUUCUCAGGUUAUCACUCUCUUUCACAAUG